CGCUCCCUGUCACUGACACAUGUAUCGCGAGCGAACGACUAAAGGGACGCGAGCAAGAGCGCCGGAGAGCACGAGCGGACCUUCAACGGAAAUGAUCGAGGCCACCUUUCGCACCACGCCGAGCGAGAGCGCCGCCGGUUAGGCUACCGGAGCGAAGAGGAUCGCGCCGGUGGAAAUUUAAUCUGCAAACUCCAUUUGACUCAGCCCGUGGCUGCAGGCGGCACGAGCCCUGGUAGCGCUUGGACCUGCGCGGCGCGAUCGUCCUUCUUCUGUCUGUAGCCCUAAUGCAGUCACAGAGCUUUGUGGACCGUGUGCACGCAUCUUUUUAAUCACCAAGAGCCACAUACUGUACAUUUUUCGGCAGUCCUUGGGUCAGGAGGAUUCAGCCAUUACAUUUAAACGAGACAAAAGAGUGGGGACAAUGGUGAACCCUGGCGGCAGUGGGCAGGCUGCACCUGUCGGGGCGGGCUCCAUGCCGUGGAAGCGGUGCGCCGGCUGCGGUGGGAAGAUCGCCGACCGCUUUCUGCUCUACGCCAUGGACAGCUACUGGCACAGCAGGUGCUUGAAGUGUUCGUGCUGCCAGGCCCAGCUCGGCGAGAUUGGCACGUCCUGCUACACCAAGAGCGGCAUGAUCCUCUGCAGAAACGACUACAUCAGGUUAUUUGGAAACAGUGGAGCUUGCAGUGCUUGUGGUCAGUCCAUCCCAGCCAGUGAACUGGUCAUGAGGGCACAAGGAAACGUGUACCACCUCAAGUGUUUCACAUGUUCCACAUGCCGGAACAGGCUGGUCCCUGGAGACAGGUUCCACUACAUCAAUGGCAGCUUGUUCUGUGAACACGACCGACCCACAGCACUCAUUAACGGCCAUUUGAGUUCACUGCAGACGAACCCACUACUGCCCGAUCAGAAGGUGUGUUAGGAGGGAGGCGUUGCUAACAGCGGGACGUGUGCCUUCAUUUCAGCCUUCGCUCAUUGUCACUGCAGACUUCUCUGUCCUGACCACCGCCACACCCCCACACCCCUCCCUCUCUUCCCACCAAUAUCCCAGAGUUCCUCUGCAACACACGUGCCCCCUGCCCCACCCCAGAAACCCUCGUCACAGGUGGAAUAACAGCGCUGGUGCGCUUCCGGUGGAAAACUGAGGACUCCGUGGACUAGUUGACUUCCAGGAGACUGCUCGGACCCUGAGGGACUCAAAGACAUAACGAGAAAGAAAGUAAAACUCAAGAGAGAGACCAAGCAAAAGGACAUUUCGGGUAAGAGAAUGAAAGGGAGAGUAAGACAAAUUAAGCUAAUUAGCUGCGGCGUUUUGAAUUUGUGGGAUAAUUAAUAGGAGCGAAACAGACAAUGCAUUUCUCCUCUUUAUUAUUUUCUCUUUGCUUCCUUAUCGAUUCUCUUUUCUUCGCAACAUGGUGUCUCCUCUUUCUAUAUUUUAAAUGUUGUAAAGGGAAUGUGUUUCAUUUUGGGUGAUAUAAACAUCAAAAAGACUGGGUUGGAAGAAAAAAGUAUCCGUAGCUUUUUUGUGCAAAUCAAAUCAUGAACACUCUCGGCGUAUUUGUAAAAUGAUCAUGUAUGUAUGCAUGUAAAUGUUUUUUGUCCCAAUGUGGCUACCGUACACUCUACACCUGACAACAGCUAACCCCAUCCCUUCUUAUCUGAACCCAAAACCACAGCACCAAACAAAAAAGAUCAUCGCUGUCAACUUAUAAAUGCUGAAUGAGAGAGAAAUCUAUUUGUGAUAUUUUCAGAGACAUUUGCUCCAGUAUGGUGUAUUUAAUUAAUAAAAAAAUAAGAUUAAAAGGCACUUCUUUUUCCUAUCCUAUCCAGUUUUUGUUGUUUCUUUUUUUAAACUUUGUUUUGUUUUUUGUUAUUAAUGUUUGUUUUUUAUUUUUUGGUUUGGGGUACCAAAUAAUACAAAAUCUAGCAUUUGAUUGUAAAGUUAUAUCAUAAAAAGCUUCAUACCCAUUGGUUGAAAUGUUUAAAGCAGUGUGUAGUCUUGUAUUGUUUUAUAAAUCGCCUUUGUCAAAA